UGCUUCCCUCUUAGCAUCGUGGUCGGACAGUCGGAGCCAAAACUUUUUAGAGAAAGAGCAAGAGCAAGAGCAAGAGCAAGAGCAAGAGAGAGAGAGAGGGACCAUUGGUGAUCCUACUUUGGUUUCGCUUCGAUCGUCUCUCUUCAUACGUUUCUCAUCGGCCCCUUCCUUCUUCAGCUACCAAAUCCACGGCCUUCUUAAACUCUCACAAAUGGAGGAAGGGAGUGAAUCUUGUUCCACUCACCUCAUAGAAGGGGAUGGUACAUUCAAUUUUGCCGGAAUUGAGAAUUUUUUGAAGGAGGUGAAAUUGGCUGAAUGUGGGCUUUCGUAUGCUGUAGUUUCGAUUAUGGGGCCACAAAGUAGCGGGAAGAGCACUCUAUUAAAUCAUCUGUUUGGGACCAACUUUAGGGAGAUGGAUGCAUUUAGGGGAAGGGCUCAAACAACUAAAGGUAUUUGGUUAGCAAAAUGUGCUGGCAUUGAACCCUGCACUCUUGUUAUGGAUUUGGAGGGUACUGAUGGAAGAGAACGAGGAGAGGAUGAUACUGCAUUUGAAAAGCAAAGUGCCCUUUUUGCUCUUGCUGUUUCAGAUAUAAUGCUAAUCAAUAUGUGGUGCCAUGACAUUGGCCGUGAGCAGGCUGCAAAUAAGCCUCUUUUGAAAACUGUAUUCCAGGUCAUGAUGCGAUUAUUUAGUCCACGUAAAACAACAUUAAUGUUUGUAAUACGAGACAAAACAAGGACGCCGUUGGAAAACUUGGAACCUGUUUUGAGGGAAGAUAUUCAGAAGAUAUGGGAUUCUGUUCCUAAGCCACAAGCUCACAAAGAAACUCCUCUAAGUGAGUUUUUUAAUGUUGAAGUUGUGGCUCUUUCUAGUUAUGAAGAGAAGGAAGAGCAAUUUAAGGAGCAGGUGGCUAGUUUAAGGCAGCGAUUCUUUCAUUCUAUAGCACCUGGUGGGCUGGCUGGAGAUAGGCGGGUUGUAGUUCCUGCUUCGGGGUUUUGUUUUAGUGCACAACAGAUCUGGAAAAUUAUUAAGGAGAACAAGGACCUUGACCUUCCUGCCCAUAAGGUUAUGGUGGCUACUGUACGCUGUGAGGAAAUUGCCAAUGAGAAGGUUUCUUCUUUUGCUGGAAAUGAGGAGUGGUGUCAAUUAGAUGAGGCUGUUCAAACUCGUCCAGUAUUGGGCUUUGGGAAGAAGCUUAGUUCAAUUAUCGACACUUGUCUGUCAGAGUAUGAUAUGGAGGCUACGUAUUUUGAUGAAGGUGUUAGAUCAGCAAAACGAAAGCACUUGGAAGAGAAAUUGCUGCAACUUGUUCAUCCGGCCUACCAAUCCAUGUUAGGACACAUAAGGUCGGGAACUCUGGAUAGAUUCAAAGAAGCAUUUCACAAAGCUUUAAAUAGAGGGGAUGAGUUUUCUGUAGCUGCUUGUGAUUGCACUGAGUCUUUCAUGUCUCUAUUUGAUGAAGGAUGUGCAGAUGCCAUCAUUGAACAAGCAAACUGGGAUUCAUUUAAAGUGCGGGAGAAACUUCGGCGUGAUAUAGAUGCUCAUGUUGCUACAGUUUGUGCUGCCAAGCUGUCUGAACUUGCUACCCUGUAUGAGACAAAAUUAAACGUAGCAUUAUCAGGACCUGUUGAAGCUCUUUUAGAUGGAGCUGGCGAUGAUACCUGGCCGGCAAUAAGGAAGCUUCUUCGCCGUGAGACUGAAUCAGCUGUCUGUGGGUUCUCUGUAGCACUUUCUGCUUUUGACAUGGAUGAGCAAACCAAGGAUAGGAUGCUUACAAGCUUGGAGGAUUAUGCAAGAGGAGUGGUCGAAUCAAAAACAAAAGAAGAAGCUGGAAGAGUUCUGAUCCGUAUGAAGGACAGGUUUGCUACAUUAUUUAGCCAAGAUUCUGAUUCAAUGCCACGGGUUUGGAGUGGGAAGGAAGACAUCCGAGGAAUCACUAAAAUGGCUCGCUCUGCAUCUUUGAAGCUGCUUUCUGUAAUGGCUGCAAUCCGUUUGGAUGAUGAUGCUGAUAACAUUGAGAAGACACUAGCUGUUGCUUUGGUGGAUGCUAGAAGUGGUGCUACUACCAAUAAGAGCAUCACAUCAGAUGACCCCUUGGCAUCAAGCACUUGGCAAGAGGUUUCAUCAUCAAAAACAUUGAUCACACCCGUUCAGUGCAAAUCUUUGUGGAGGCAAUUCAAGAUGGAGACAGAGUACACUGUCACUCAAGCCAUUGCUGCUCAGGAAGCUAGCAAGCGUAGUAACAAUUGGUUGCCACCUCCAUGGGCAAUUGUUGCCUUGGUUGUCCUGGGGUUCAAUGAAUUUAUGACACUUUUGAGGAAUCCUUUGUAUCUAGUUGUAAUUUUUGUUGUUUUUCUACUUGUAAAAGCCCUAUGGGUACAACUUGACAUCUCGGGUGAAUUCCGCAAUGGCGCUCUUCCUGGGCUUCUCUCUUUGGCCACCAAGUUCCUUCCCACUGUCAUCAACCUUCUCAAAAAACUAGCGGAGGAGGGACAAAUGCCUGCAACAACUGGACAUCAAAUGAAUAAUUCAUCAUUAGGGUCAACAAGCUUUCAUAGUGGAGUAGACAAUAAUGGUGAUAUGUCCUCCAGUGAUUCGUCUGAGGUGACUUCAACAGAAAAUGGGACCGAGUACUCAAGUUCUUCAGCACAUGAAAAAGUUAAAUAAGCUCUCUUUUUACAGUGUGAUUUUCUUCUGUUUGAUGAUAAUGCUUCCAAUGUGGGAUGCUACAUGCGCAUGGAGCAUCCGUAUUAACUCUAGUGGUGACCAUGUUUAGGAACAAGAUUCUCAAGGCAUUGAUCUUUUUCUUUUCUUCUUUUGUCUAGGUGCCACAUACAGGGGCUGUGGCUUCUUGUGAAAAUGCCCCCUUCUAUAGGUUUUUAUUGUUUCAGUUUUUUCAGGUUUCAAUUUUGUAUUUUGGUUUGUGGGAUGAGUUGCAGGGUUCUUGGGUAUCCUUACCUUAAAAUGGUUGAUUCUGGUUCCUUUGUAUUUAAAAGGAUAGUAAUUUCAAAGCGGUAGUAGUACCUCUCUUUGUAUUUUAGUGAGAAAUGUAGCAAGUGUUUGAUCAUC